UGUUACAGGAUGGUGAACAGCAGGGUGGAGGCGCCCACAGUGGCAGUGAUGGGCAGUGGCGGGGGGACAGCCGGCAGGUCAUGCGCAGGAUGUGGAGGUCGAAUAGCAGACCGUUUCCUGCUUUUCUCCAUGGAACGGUACUGGCACACGCAAUGUCUCAAGUGCUCCUGCUGCCACGCUCAGCUGGGCGAGUACAGCAGCACCUGCUACAGCAAAGGAGGCAUGAUCCUCUGCAAGAACGACUACAUCAGGCUGUUUGGACACAGUGGAGCCUGCAGUGCUUGUGGACAGUCUAUACCUGCGAGUGAGAUGGUGAUGCGAGCACAAGGCAACGUUUACCACCUUAAGUGUUUUACCUGUGCGACCUGCAGGAACCGCCUGGUCCCUGGAGAUCGCUUUCACUACAUUAAUGGGACCAUCUUCUGUGAACAUGACCGGCCGGGAGGAGGUCUGCUCAGUGGACAUCCAGCUCCCCUGCAGACCAACAGCAUGAUGUCUGACCAGAAGGUCUGCUGAGGAAGAGGAUGGAAAACCAAACAUGUGCCUUCUCCCCCUCCUUUCUCCUCUGUCUCUUCCUUACCCUCCCCUACCUGUAAAUACUGCCAUUGGUUGACCGCCCUCCAUUCUGAUGGACUGUCACUCCACAGAUAUUCAUCACUGCUACUGGUCCAGUGCUCUGUUGGAGGGAUGAGGAUGGUUGGAAUUUAUUUAUACAGUAGAAUGUUGUCUAACGUGAACUGUGGCAAUAUUACUGAUAAGAACUAGCAUGGCCGGUG